AUGCCGAUAUCGGAUGCGGUGACGGCGAACCUGACGCCGAUCUACGUGGUGGCGAUUGCAGGGGUUAAGGCGUACGGGAUGGUGUGCGGCCGGAAUUUCGGCGCCGGGUUCGUCCUCAUCGCGUCGACCGCGGUGGUGGGGUUAAUCCUAGUUGCCACGCUGACGUGGGAUGUUUCGCGGAAGGCCACGUACGCGAUUUCCGGCGAGAGCCACGACAGAGGGGAGAUGUGCAAGGGUGGGAUUUGUUGGCACGGAGUGGCGGUCCGGUCGCCAGCUUCUCAGGUUCGGUUCAGGCUCCCUCGCCAUUAUCGUCACCACCAGCAUCAUCCGCCGGCAGCUGCUCCGCCGCCACCGCCGGCCUUCGGCGCGUGGUGA